UUUUCCUUUCGGAACCAAACAUAGCCUAAGACUUUAACCGAUCAACCCGGUUUUGGGCUAGGGUGUGGGGCGGGUCGGACCAAAACAUCACACCUCUUCGUGCAAGGAAGUGGGCCGGGUCGGCCCAAGAAGCAGUCCUAAUCUUGGAGAGCUGGUUGGAGUGCACACCUCUCGGAUCACCGUCGCUAGCUAGGGCUGAUGGGGCUGGUGGAGAUUUUGGAAGAAGAAGAUACAAGCCCCAGUUCAACCGCCAUCAAACCCAAUAAACCCUACCAAAAUCCUACUUCCAUGGCUGAUAUAGAGUGCCCCAACAUCCGAAACAUAUGCAUACUGGCUCAUGUCGAUCACGGCAAAACCACCCUGGCCGACCACCUCAUCGCGGCGGCCGCAGAUGGCUUGGUCCAUCCGAAGCAGGCCGGGCGUCUCAGAUUCAUGGACUACCUCGACGAGGAACAGCGGCGGGCCAUCACCAUGAAGAGCUCCUCGGUAACUCUGCGUUUCAACGAUAUCUACCACAUCAACUUGAUCGACUCUCCGGGUCACAUGGAUUUCUGCAGCGAGGUUUCCACGGCAGCGCGGCUCAGCGACGGCGCUCUGGUGCUGGUGGACGCCGUGGAGGGCGUUCACAUCCAGACCCACGCCGUGCUCCGCCAGGCCUGGACCGAGCGGCUCUCACCCUGUCUUGUCCUUAAUAAGAUUGAUAGAUUGAUUAGUGAGUUAAAAUUGAGUCCUUUAGAGGCGUAUUCUAAACUGGUCAGGAUUGUUCAUGAAGUUAAUGGGAUUAUGAGCGCGUUUAAGUCACAGAAGUACUUGUCGGAUGUUGAUUUAUUGCUUGCAGGACCGGCGGGUGAGAAUUUGGAGAAUUUGGAGCUUGUGGAGGACGAUGAAGAGGAUACUUUCCAACCUCAGAAGGGGAAUGUGGCGUUUGUGUGCGCUUUGGACGGGUGGGGUUUUAGGAUAAAUGAGUUUGCGGAGUUCUAUGUCUCAAAGCUCGGGGCGAGUGCGGCUGCAUUGCAGAAGGCGUUGUGGGGGCCCAAGUAUUAUAACCAAAAGACUAAGAUGAUUGUGGGGAAAAAGGGAAUGGGUGGAGGUAGUAAGGCGAGGCCUAUGUUCGUGCAGUUUGUGCUCGAGCCACUGUGGCAAGUGUACCAGGCAGCUUUGGAGCCUGAUGGAGAUAAGAGUAUGCUGCAGAAGGUGAUUAAGUCCUUUAACUUGAAUGUGUCAGCGCGGGAACUUCAGCAUAAGGAUCCAAAAGUUGUGCUUCUAGCUGUGUUGAGUCGAUGGCUUCCCUUGUCGGAUGCAAUCUUGUCAAUGGUGGUUAAGUGUAUUCCGGAUCCAAUGAGAGCUCAAUCUUUUCGUAUCUCACGUUUGCUUCCCAAGAGAGAGGUUUCAGAUGAUGGGCCUAGCUCUAAUGUGCUUGCAGAAGCGGAGCUUGUGAGAAAAUCGGUGGAGGCUUGUGAUUUCAGCCCUGAAGCACCAUGUGUUGCUUUCGUGUCAAAAAUGUUUGCAGUACCCAUUAAAAUGCUCCCACAGAGGGGUCCAAAUGGGGAUAUUUUAAACAAUUCUACUGAUGAAGGUGGAAGUGGUGAAUCAGACGAAUGCUUCAUUGCAUUUGCGAGGGUUUUCAGUGGGGUUCUUUUUGCAGGACAGAGAGUUUUUGUGCUUUCAGCUUUAUAUGAUCCAUUAAAACCGGAGGCAAUGCAGAAGCAUGUGCAGGAAGCUGAGUUGCACUCCUUGUACCUCAUGAUGGGUCAGGGGUUGAAACCAGUGGCAUUAGCGAAGGCAGGGAAUAUUGUGGCAAUCCGAGGCCUUGGCCAGCAUAUAUUGAAAAGUGCAACUCUUUCAUCCACAAAAAACUGUUGGCCUUUCUCGAGUUUGGUGUUUCAGGUUUCCCCAACGCUAAGAGUGGCAAUUGAGCCUUCUGAUCCUACAGAUAUGGGUGCCCUCAUGAAAGGCUUGAGGCUUCUUAACCGGGCAGACCCAUUUGUGGAAGUCUCUGUUUCUGCUAGGGGAGAACAUGUGCUUGCUGCUGCGGGAGAAGUUCAUCUUGAGCGUUGCAUAAAAGAUUUGAAGGAUAGAUUUGCAAGGGUAAGCUUGGAAGUCUCUCCACCACUUGUCCCCUAUAAAGAGACUAUCCAAGGUGAGGUAAGUGAUCUACUAGAGAAUUUGAAAUCGUUAAGUGGGAGCUUGGAUUAUAUUGAAAGGAAAACACCAAAUGGAAGAUGUUGUGUUCGAGUACAAGUUUUGAAGCUUCCACCUUCACUGACUAAGGUGCUUGAUAAAAGUGCUGAUUUGCUUCGAGAUAUCAUCGGAGGUAAGCUGGGCCAGUCCAAUAAAAGCUCUGAAACUCAGAGAUCAAGUCGUCUGGAAGAUGAGAAUUCAAUUGAAGCUCUUAGAAAGCGAAUAAUGGAUGCUGUGGAGGGUGAUAUUUUGGGUGGGACUGAAGAAAGUGACAAGGAUCGGGCUGAGAAAUGUAAAGCAAUGUGGCUACAGUUUCUUAAGAGGAUCUGGGCACUUGGACCUAGGCAGAUUGGUCCUAAUAUCCUCUUCACCCCAGAUUCCAGAGGGGAGGAUGUUGAAUUUCCUGUUCUUGUCAGGGGCUCCUCCCAUGUAUCUGAGAGAUUGGGGUUUGUGGAUGAAUCUAGUAAUGGUGGUAUGGAUGCAGAGCCAUCUUCAGUUGUAACUCCGGCACUGUGCAUGGAAGCUGAGAGUCUUGAGAGCAGUGUAAUAUCUGGAUUUCAACUAGCUACUGCAGCUGGACCUUUAUGCGAGGAACCAAUGUGGGGUUUGGCUUUUGUUAUUGAAGCACGCAUUUCUCCAUUGGAGGGACAACAGUCUGAUGACUUAGAAACUUCUUACCAACCACUAGAGCAAUAUGGAAUCUUCACAGGGCAGGUGAUGAAUACAGUGAAGGAUGCUUGUAGGACAGCUGUGCUACAGAAGAAACCCCGGCUUGUGGAAGCCAUGUAUUUUUGUGAGUUGAACACUCCAACUGAAUACCUAGGUCCUAUGUAUGCUGUGCUUGCUCGUAGGCGGGCUCGAGUUUUGAAGGAAGAAAUGCAGGAAGGUUCUUCACUAUUUACUGUACAUGCUUAUGUGCCAGUUUCUGAAAGCUUUGGUUUUCCGGAUGAACUGAGGAGAUGGACUUCUGGAGCUUCAAGUGCUUUACUUGUACUUAGCCAUUGGGAAGCACUUCCUGAGGAUCCUUUCUUUGUACCAAAAACAGAAGAGGAGAUUGAAGAGUUUGGAGAUGGUUCUAGUGUUCUGCAUAAUACAGCAAGAAAACUCAUAGAUGCAGUGAGACGGCAAAAGGGCCUUCCGGUAGAGGAAAAGGUAGUCCAGCAUGCAACAAAGCAGAGGACCCUGGCUCGUAAAGUAUAGAAGUUGCAACUCCAAUUGUGUCAUUAGCUCUUAAAAGAAUUGUUGUAAGGCUAUACAUCUCAUCAUUGAUUGAAGGGAAAAAAAGGUUAUCAGUGAUAUUAUUAUACUUAGUUUAGCUUUUACCAUGAACUUAAUUUGUUUUCUGUUAAUUUAUAGAAUAGAGUUUGAUUUUGUUUCUUCUCUAUUUUUGGUAAAUUCUAUUUGGUUCACGGAUAAAUUGCAUUCCUGGAAUGAUGUUCUGGAGGUUAUGAAUGAGUUUGUAUCCUGUAUGAGUUCAUUUAUUAAUAUAUGAAAUUUAUUUUUUGUGUAA